AUGGCGGCGGGCGAGGAGGAGCCGCCGGGGCGGCGGGAGGCCGGGCCCGGGCCCAGCAGCAACACGGGGCACAGGGACAAGAGGAGAAACAGGGAAGCCUCAUUGGAAAAAAAGGGACCGUACAUCAUGAGCAAAACGCCUUCUCUUCAAGACAAGCUGCAAAAGCAUCGGGAGAUGGCGAAGGCAAUGCUGCGGAGGAAAGGAGUGCUCGGGGGAACCGUCUGGAACCAACCCAAACCAGCAGCCAAGAGGUCAGUGAAAUUCAAUAAGGGCUACGCUGCUCUGAGCCAGACCUCGGAUGAAACCCUGGUGUCCGUGGAGUCAGACAGUGACGGGGAGCUGGAAUCCCGAUGUUCCUCUGGUUACUCCUCUGCGGAGGUGAACCAGGAUCUCAGCCGACAGCUGCUGCAGGACGGAUAUCACCUAGACGAAGUCCCGGAUGACGAGGACCUCGACCUCAUUCCUCCCAAGCCCGUCUCGUCCUCUCCUUGCUCCUGUUGCUUCGGGGAAUCUGCCUCUUGCUCCAUCCAAUGA